CAGACAACUGAGCUCCAAUCCUGCUCGAAUGAUUAUUUAACUUUCUAGAACUGAUCAUAUAAACAUCUGCAGCAGCCCAAAUGUUUUGAUCAUUUUCUUUUUACCAAGUGUUGGAAAGUAACAUGAUCUACGCUAUGAUGAUUAUUUUGUCUUUGUUCAUUUUCAGUUUGCUGGUUGGACCCACAGCAUCAACAACCUCAUCUCUAAGGAUUUUGAACUUUCUCUGCAAUCAAACGGGCCUUAGCAAUUGCAAAAUUUCCAACUGCUUAGACAUGGAUAAGGUCCCUCCACUGGAUUCUUGCACUGGCCCGCUGUGGGAUUCUGUGAAAAUAAAAACCAGCAUGGACCUAGAUGGGAUUGUUCCUGUUGUGAAUGUGGGUUGGAAACUUCAAGCUGAUGCGUCCAUUUCCAUAAUUUUAGGCUCAGAGAUAAAGGUUAUAGAUGAAAAUACCAAUCAAAGUGUCUGCGUUCAGUUUCGUUUCUCCAUUAUAAAUGUACUGAACCCAAACUACGAAAAGUGGAACUUCUCCUUGGAUGUUGUUGUAGAGCCUGAGCAUACAUACACCUUAGAAGUGUUUAAUUUUCCUGAAUCUGAGAAGGGACAUCAUAGGAUCACAGGAAACAUUACCGUACCAGGAUGUGAAGACAAGAGAAUCAAAGAGGCCCAGCUGUGUCAGGAGAACGGUAGUCUGUGGGAUCCCAAAAUAACGGCUGUUGCCUCUGAGAAUAAAAAUAUGGUUUUUGUGGGAUUUAACUCAUCGGAGUAUUCAGAGAGAUACCGAGUUCUCAUCCAGAGUGGCAAUCGGAAUUGUUCUGAGUGGGUGUCCAAGGAAAACAGAACAUUUCUGAAUGUGACGUUGAUUUGUGAUUUAUCACCAGGAGAAACAAUAAUUAUGAUCCAGCCAGUUUUUAUUCGCUGCAAGACAAACUGUAAAACUGUGAGGAAAAGUGUUCGACUGUGGCAAACGCAGGAACGCAGCUGGUCUUUUCAGAUAUCUAUUGGACUGCUGCUGAUCUUCGUUUGCUUUCUUGUUUACCUACUGCACAAAGCAUCUCAUGAAGGAUCUCAAACUACACCUACGUCUGCUGACAAUCAACAGCCAGAGAUUUUUCAGGUCCAAGAGAGAAAACGUGUCCUGAUCCUUUACUCCCUCGACCACCUGUUAUAUAAGAACAUUGUUCUGAAGUUUUCUGCCUUCCUUGCUGCCAAAUGUGGCACAGAUGUGAUUCUGGACCUGCUGGAUUUAACCAGAUUGGGAGUACUGGGGAGCAUCCAGUGGCUCGAGUGGCACAAGGAGCGAAUAGAGAGCUCUUCAGAUAAGAUAUUAAUUCUUUGCUCCCAAGGAGUACAGGUUAAAUGGAGAGCUAUGUGUGGAGGCCAGCAGGUUUUUUUAAAAGAAGAUGCCCUCUCGCCUGUUGGUGACACGCUCACGCCUUCCCUCACUCUCUUGGUGCCUCAUUUUAUCCGGGCUGCAUCAUUUGAAAAGUAUAUUGUUGCUUAUUUUGAUGAUGUUUGUUCUGAGGAAGAUAUUCCUUUGCCUUUCAAGAUUACAGUUCGCUACAAGCUGAUGAAACAGUUUGAGGAGGUGUUCUUCCGAAUCCUGAACACAGAAAAACAUGAACCAGGCCGUGUGAAGCGAAUCGAUGGACUCUCGGAGGACACAUACCACGAGUGCCCCUCAGGAAGGGCCCUUAGAGAUGCUAUAGAGGCUUUCCGUAGGUAUCAAUCUGAGCACCCAGACUGGUUCCAGGAGGAGUUACUGGAAGGCCCAGAGCUGGAAGAUGAUGAGGCCAGAAAUGAAAACAAUAUUUCAAAAACAGACCAAGUAAAAUAUUAUUUGCUUAAUUCGGUCCAAAUUAUCAGUGACAUGACAUUUCAAGACAGUAUUAUGACAGUAAAGAAAACAAUGGUUCAACUGACUGAACCCCAUCAGAUGUGCUCAACCCUGGAGUUCAACUCUCACACUGAAGGGAUUCAGCUGCUAUAGUAACAAGUUAUUUUCCAUCAUUAUUAUCAAUAUUUUAAUCCCAGCUUGAUUCAAAGAGGCAAUCUACAGAAGAUGAUAAAGAUUAAGAUGAAAGAGAUUAAGAUGAUGGUCAGGCUUUGUGGUAGAGGUGUGCCAUACUGGGAAUUUAGGAUAUUGAUCUGAUGCCAAGUAGAUACAGGGAAAGUAUCACCAAUACCAAUGCUUUUUAUUAUUUAAGUUUUAUAAGACCUCAAACGUGUGAUGUUUUGGUGUUUAUUUUGUUUUUUCUUUUUCUCAUUUUGUGGAAUUUUCAUAAAAGAGAGCCAAAAGAAAACACAUUUUUAUGCAUUUUUCACAUAAUAAAAAGUAAAAAAAUAUAUUACGGUUUAGGGUUUAUUAAACAUACUGUUUGAGAUAGAAUUGAGAAUACAAAAAUAAAAUAAAAUGUAUUUCUUUCAGUUCCUUUAAUUAAAAAAAAAAAUAAAAAUUUUAAAGAAAUUUAAAGAAAUUUGACAUUAACUUCAAAUCUGAGCCACCGCUAUUAAACUGUCUAUUGCCAAUUUUUUUUUAAUCUGUUUUGUGUAAUUGAUGCUAUCAGUCUUAACACAUUUAAUACUAAUAAACAAUGUUCUUGUUUUGUAGAGUUGAUUUAUUUUGUUCAUUUUCUUUUUUCAGCUUACACUUAUUAUAUUCCUAUUAUAUUUUUAUAUCUCCUUAUAAUGUUUUUGUUAAUCCUGUACUCUUGCUUGUUUGCUCUUUUAAUACUGUCAAUUUUUGAAUCAAUA